AUGAUUUUCAUCCACGGAGGCGGCUUCGACUCUGACUCCGGUUCCGAGUACAUGUACGACAGCUCGACUCUUUGCGAACGCGGCGUGGUCGUCGUCACCAUUAACUACAGGCUCGGCCUGUUCGGUUUCCUGUCCACGGGCGAUGACGUCAUGCCCGGCAAUUACGGCAUGCUGGAUCAGGUCCUGGCCAUGGAAUGGGUCCAGAAGCACAUCCGGGUGUUUGGAGGCGAUCACAACGAGGUGACGAUUUUUGGCGAAAGCGCCGGCGCGGCGAGCGUCUCGCUACACACCAUCUCCCCCCUGUCUAAAGAUUUGUUCAAGAGAGCGAUCAUGGAAAGCGGGGCUUCGCUGAGCGCCUGGGCGGUGGAAAGACCGACGACUCUGAUUAAAAUUUCCAGCUUUGCUAAAAUGAUCGGUGAGAAGGUGAACUGCACGCAGUCGGAUUCCGCGGAGUACUUGACCUGUCUCAGAGGGGUGGACGCCUUCUCGCUUGUCGUGGCCAGCGAGGAGAUCACCAAGGAACUCAACGUCAGCAUGAUCGCCACCCCUCGCGUAGAAACGAAAUUCGGUUUCCUUCCCGACUACCCGGAAAAUCUUCUAGAUAAAGGUCUGUUUAAUAAAGUGGACACGCUCAGGGGCUACAACUCUGGAGAAUACUCAUUCGUCAUCGAGGACGAUGAAGACAACGGCGUAACCAGAGAAGAAUUCAUCUACUUCUUUUUGAAAAUCACCGAGAAAUACGCCUUCGAGAAUAGCACCAUCGAGGAACUUCAGAACCUGGUAGAGGACCAGUACCUCAAGAACGAGACCAACCCGUUGGCACUGAGAACCCAGCUCAUCCGCGGCUUGACCGAUUUACUUUUCGCGCUGUCCGAAGCUCUGGAGAUCGAUAAAAUGUCCGCGAACGGUAACCCCAACAGCAAGCACUACCUGUACCAGUUCAACUUCAUCGUGGACAACCUGCUGGAGCUGACCAGCUACCUGCCCGACUGGAUGGGGGUCCUGCACUCCGCCGAGCUGCCUAUGGUCUUCGUCGACGACUCGUCCUUCAACUACGCCGUGUCGACCCACGACCAGCGGGCCGUGGGUGACCUGGUCCAGACGAUGUGGACCAACUUCGCCAAGUACGGCAACCCCACGGAGAACGGUACGGCUAUACAGUGGGCGCCGUACUCGCCGGCCAACCACGAGAUUUUAUACAUUGACGUCAACUCGACCAUGACGUCAUUCCCCAGUGCCCACGUGAUCCCGAUGUUCAACCGAGUUCUAGAAAUCAUUGACAGCAAACCAACCUCAUGA